UACACAAAGAUAGGGGAUUGGAACCUAAGUUAGUUAUCAUACGAAACAAAGGUUAUUAGCUAUGAAAUAUUUUUAUGUUAUCGGAAGCUUUAUAAUUAAUCAUUCUAUACAUAACAAUGCAGAAUGGUUUAACUUGAAAGAACUUAAUUCAUUAAUCAUUAAGUUGGCAGUACAAUACAAUAAGAAAAUCAAAUGACAUAUCAAAUUACAUAUCAAAUGACAUAGAAUGAUGGUUGCCAGUAAAGAAAACAAGCUAUAAUGAAAGCGACGAUUAGAAUGCCUGAAUUUAAAACGAAUACUUUCCGUGUGAAAAUAUUAUAUUUCUUAUUGGUAUGUUUCUUUUUGUAUUUAUAUGUUUCCUAUUACCCGGCUGAAAAAACGCAACCUCAGCUUGUAUACAUAACAGAAGAUGAAUUAUUACCACGGUUAACGAAACUUGAAACAGGAAUAAAACUCAUUUUGACGAUACUUAAUGAGAGAGUAAAUACAUCGAAGAAAAGCAAUAUUGUUGUAAACAAAACAGUCCCGAUUUCACCAGAAAAAGAUGAUUAUGACUUAGGAGAGCUCAACAAUUUAUUUUCUGUGCAGCAACAUAAACACGACACAAGCUUGAUAACACAAAGCAGAUGCAUGCGUCAGUAUACCUUAAUUGUCUUACUAAUAUCAGAUGUCUCUCACUUCAGCCGCCGUGAUACCAUUAGGCGUACUUGGGGAAAGGACAAUUUUAAUCGCUGGAAAACGUUCUUUCUUGUUGGUAGAGCACACAACAUUCAUACAGAAAGACUUUUUGCUGCUGAGUUAAAGAAACACAAAGAUAUAAUACUGGUUAACGUUUAUGAAGAUUUCUAUAACAUGACAUCGAAAGUUCAAGCGGGACUCGAAUGGUCAACACGCUAUUGUGAAUAUAAAUAUCUAUUUAAAGGAAAUGAUAAUACUUUUAUAAACUUCCCAAGAUUAUUUUCAUUCUUAAAGUCACCCGACACACCAACAACUGAACUAUACGCAGGCAGCGUCCAAUACGAAGCUCGUGUAGAAAGAAGAGGAAAGUAUAGAGUAACAAAGGAUGAAUAUAAAGGGAAAAUAUAUCCACGUUAUUGUUCAGGCGGAGGAUAUGUAUUAUCGAAAGAUGUUGUGAAACGACUGUUAAACACAAUGCCUUAUGUAUCCCGCAUAAGUAUAGAUGAUGCGUAUAUAGGACAGUUAGCGUUAAAGUCUGGCAUAGACGUAACACCUGUUAAUAACUUUAAAAUGUUUGAAGACGAAGAAAAUGCAGAUUGUGUGUUUAAAAGUGAAACAAUAGUGCAUCACCCUGUUGAAACAAACGAAUGUAUGAUCCAGAUAUUUAGAAAGAGUCUACAACAAAAGGAAGAGUUUAUGCUACUUGGCAUGUUUUUGGCGCCUAUUAAUCCCGUCCCCAGGGCUCUUGUGGUACAAGAAAUGGCUUUGGCACUGACCGGUUAUCGUCGCAAUCUAGCUAUCAAACUUUCGUCCGGCCGCCGUAAUAUUCCUGAUUGUUUUUUGCGAUCGUCUAGCUUUCCAUUUUUUCACGAAAGAUUUUCAUCGCCAUUUCCAUUAACGUCGCCACCAUCACUGUCGUCAUUCCUUAGUACUUCGUCAACCAAAUUCGUCGAAGUUAAUAGCGUAAAGAGUAUUGUGAGAGACUUCCUUUCAAGCAUUCGCUGCCCAUUGGUAUUUUACCUUAAGGCUUUUAAUUAUGCCAUCAUCCAAUGGUUGCAGGUGCUAUGUAGUAUUCUUGUCAAGGAACACAAUUUUAAGUUGAAUCCAGGACUUUGGUGCUUUACUCGGGAGUGCAUUGAAAAGUCUAAAUGUCCUUUAAAUCGUAUUAUCUGCAUAGCUUUCUUAACCGCUCAAUCCAUGAUUCUACGUUUGAGCAACGCCUGGAAAGCUUUCCAGCUGCUUUUUUCUUACUGCACUCAUCGAAUUUAUGACAGCAGUACAGUGUUACAGAGUUGUCCAAUGACAGUGUAUUCUUGUACAGCAAAUUUAAGUUCGAAUGUUCGAAAGGUUCUAAUCGAACAUACGAAAAACAAGAAGUUUCAAGUUGACUCACUUUUUACAGCUUCGGAAAUGGAGAAGCAAGAAGUUCUGAAGAUUCUUUUAAGUUUCACAGAAGAAAAAAUCGAGAUCGUCAUUGACAAUAUGCAGUUUGUGUGUUCAAACGACUCCCAAGGAAAGGAAGCAGAGGAAAAGGAUAUGGACUUGAAAUUCCUUUUACAUACAUGCUCUGAGGAUAACAGAAGACAAUUGAGUGGGCAAAAGAAGUCGCAAGGCAAGAACUCAAAAAGAAAUUUUAGAGGGAAAGUUCAGAUGAAUAUUUUUGGAUGUAUGUUUAAUACAAAGUUUAACCGUUUUUUUAAAGCUGCCAUUUUGUUUCUUUUUGUAUUGUUAUGGAUUGAAAUCGACACAAGAGGCCGCGUGUACAAUCUUGAUACAGCAUUAGGGGAGAAAUAUACUUCCUUUACAAAUAGUGUUAGUGAGAAGUUAAAUCAUUUGGAUAAGCAAGUAAGGUCGCUUAGUUAUGGCUUAUUGAGACUCGCUUACGAUGAUGCUAAGAAUUCAAGUCUUAAUAUAGAGAAUUACACUAAUUUCCCGGUCAAUUCGUUUUGGACGGGUAAAGAUAUUUUUGAUAAUUACGCUGAGUUGUACUCUAAACGAAAUAAAAAGCAUAAAACUUGUUUGAUCACAGAAACAAAGUGCCAUUUGGAGUAUAAGCUUUUAAUUUUAAUUACAACGCAUAUAUCGCAUUUUAAGAAGCGACAACUAAUUCGUAACACUUGGGGAAAUGACCAUAAAGCCCGAUGGAAAACAGUAUUCCUAGUUGGCCGUUCAUACGACAAAAGUGUUUUACAGGGCAUUGGUAACGAAAUUGAAAGACAUAAUGAUUUAAUUUUGAGCGACGUUAGAGAAGAUUUUUAUAAUUUGACCUACAAGGUUCAAGCUGGCUUCGAAUGGUCUGUCACAUAUUGCAAAUUUCAAUUUCUUUUGAAAGGCGAUGACGAUGUCUUUGUGAACAUGCCUCGAUUAUUUGCUUUUCUUGAUAACCCUGAUACAUCAAAAACAGAACUAUAUGCAGGUAAUGUACAAUAUCAAGCUAAAGUAUUUCGAGAUGGCCGAUACGCAAUUGGUAAAGUUGAAUUUCGGAAAAAUACUUAUCCUAGAUACUGUUCAGGCGGAGGUUAUGUUUUGUCUCAAGACGCUGUGAAGAAAAUGAUUACUGUAUUUACUGACGUAAAACCAAUUCGAAUCGAUGAUGCCUACGUUGGGGAAUUAGCCUUAAAAGCAGGCAUAGAUGUGGUCAGUGAUGGUAAUUUUAGAAUGUUUGAAGAUAAGAAUAAAUGUCGAUACAUAAACAGCACUAUAGUACACCAUCCUGUAGUUACUUCAGAUUGUAUGAAAACGCUUUUUGUUCGAAGUUUGGAAGAUGAAAGAUAAUAAACAUAAG